UUCACUCCAAUCAUGUAAAUGGGAUUCAAGCCAUGUCUAGGUCGUGUUCGACGGGAUAGGGCUUUGAUGUCUGAGUAACGAGUCUCCUAUUAGAACCGAAUUCAAGGUCCGGGCCAUUCUUAAUACUCUACAAACAAGACGAACUCAUAGACAUGUCCAACUAUUGCGCUCGCGUCUCUUAGUUCCUUUUUCAUAUUGUCCUUAUCUCGAAACCUUUCUACUACGGCCGAAGUUACACUUAUCAAACAUACCAAAUACCAAGCGAGGCAAACACAACCACACACACAUACACAUACAUACACCAUUACAAAAUACCUAUUGGCACAUACCAUAAUGCCCGCGCCUCAUCACCCGCCGCAACGCCCCGGGUCCCCAGACGUCACGAUCGGCGUGCUGCCCUGGGGCUGCCGAAUCCCGCUCGAACCGUACAGUCGAUGGCCGCUUCGCACGGUCGUCGCGCACGACGUCUCUUCGUGUCGGUGCAAGCGGAAGAACCAAGCCGACAAGGAUAAAGCCGGUCAGUAUACCUCGAAGGGUGGAGACGGAGACAGGGACGACGCGGAAGUCGUCCGCCAUUUCCUCUUCUGGGUCGCCCACGAGUACUAUUAUAAGGUCGAUCCGGAGAAAUACACCGCCCUCGCGUGUCAUGAGAUGAUCAAGAGACAGGCGGAGCGGCUUGGACUGGAGUUGGGCGGGAAGCGCAUUUGGGAUAUAUAUGGGGAUUGCGCGGUGCGGGAGUAGGUGUUGGUAAGGGUUUGUGUGGGAUUGGGGAUGGGUGGAUUUUGUGUAAAUUGGUUUGAUGAGCUUAGUGUUGGUGAUAAAAAGCAUCCUCAAGUAUAAGUGACAUUAGAGUGAUCAAAUGUCCAAGUUAGAUGCGAGACAAAAGUAGUUUUGGGAAGGCAUCACGAGUAAAAGGAGAUGUUGGUAUUUCUCGCAUUGGAGAAGAUG